ACAUAUCCUAAAUUAUUUCCUUUCACUAGAUGGAUUGGGAUUAUUUAUUCGAAAUUUUUUUCCAAGGAAUGAAUUAUUGGUCAUAUCGUCACCUUAAAAUAUUCAUCAAAGAUUUGAAUGCAUUGCAGUUGUCUUGCAAACUUUUUAAUGAAUCUAAGGAAGAUAUAUCUAAGCAAAGAAUUAUACACAAUAUGAUAGUAAUUGGUUUUUUGUACAAUAUGAGGAGUACUUUGAAUGAGCAUUUCGAUGAGUUCUAUCCUGAUGGUAAUCCUAAACCAACAAAAAAUUGCCUUGAUGAAGUAAGAGAGAAUUUCCGAAAGAUAGUAGAAGGACGUGAUGAAUAUCUCAGUAUAAAUCAACAAACAAAUCAACAAGCCAAUCAAUUAUUUAAUGAACUGUCGAACAAAUUUCUACGAUCGUUCUCAUCAAAGUUAAGGCUUCGUGAAGAUGGCAACAGUAGCACAACUAGAGAGGUUGACAAAACCCGAUAUAGUUCAACGAUUGCAGAAUUCUUCAAUGAAUUUAAUCCUCUAAGACAUAAUUAUUUCAUGAAUGUUUAUAUUUCGCAAAAAACUAACCAUUUGAAAACAAUGCACAGAAUUUUAUAUACUAGUGAUUAUAUUACACAUAAUGUACCUGGAAAUGUUGUAUACCCUGAAAUUAAUUUGGCUGCUUCAUUUUUAAAUCCAUCAUUUCUGGAUGCAUCAAAUUCCAUGUCGGAAAAAUAUGCAAUUCUUGGUUGGUUGAUUAGUCGUAAACUAGUGUCUGGAGCUCUCAAUAAUAAAGAGUUGGAUGAACGACAACAGGUUCAGUUGUCGUGUGGAUCAACUAAUGCAUUACCGAUUGAAAAUCAACUGUGUUGUUUAUCUGGACGGAAAAGCUCUCAAGCGGUUGAGAACAAAAAUUUGAAGCUACUAUCAGCUGAUAUUAAUGGCCUUAUGUUAGCAUUUUCAAAAUACGAAGAAGAAAUUAUGAAGAAUAAAAUGGAUGGUUUGCAUGAAAAGAAAAUGUUUUUCGAAGCAUUCGGUAAAGUAAUGUGUGAAUGAAGUCUCUCCUGAACUGAUUGACUACAAGUUUCCUCAAAACUAUAAAUUCAGCGUAAAUGAAAUUCUGAAACAUAAUGAAGAAUUCGCCAAAACAUAUGGAUGUCCAUUCGGUACAAAAAUGAAUCCUCGGAGGAAAUGUAUUCUUUGAGGAAAACAAAAGUGAUUGUCGAUGCGUAUAAGUGACAUUAAUUGUUUUACAUGUGUCCAUGUUAUUUUGUUUUGAUAAAAAUUUAGUGUGAUUCUCUAUCUUCUUAU